CCUUACCUCACAUUAGAGCAUUUUUUUGUGCUGACACGUGUAUUUUUGUGAAUAACUUUGGCUAUGUUAAUGCAAUUUAUCUAAUUUUUAUGGAGGAUGUGUAUUUUGGAAGGAAUUACAAAAAAAAGUUUGAAAAAAUAUUCAACCUACUUUAUUAAAACGUGGAAAUCAUUUUGUACAGUUAAGCACAUUGAAGCAUUUUUUUGUGCCAUUGACUUUCAUGUAAAUCAUAUAUUUUUAAUUAGCAUAAAUAUUGGCAUAAUUUUAAAAAAUUAUGAUUGUGCCCGUGUUUACAGUCUCAUCACAAAUGUAAGAAGCAGUUUUUACUGUUUUUCACUACAUGGCAUACUUUCUCCAUAUAUAGCAGGGCAAUGGCUGACCCAGCAUUUAAACUGAAUGAUUUAGCUGUAUUUCUUUACCUCUGACUGCCCAUUAUAAUACAUAUUUUGCAAAAAAAUGGUUUGUGUGUUAUUUAGAGAUGCCAUACAAUAGUUUGCAUGUGUGUGUUCUGAAUUUUUGGUAAUUGUGCUUUUUCAGUGUUCUUUCAAAAAAUAAGCCUGACUGAAUGUACAAAAUUAGCUUAUUCUGCAAAAUAGCAUUUUGACAUGUGUUCCUUUGUGUGUGAUUGUUCAGGCAUGCGUGUAUGUAGGUAUCAAAGCACUUUACAGAUCUUCAAAGGACAGAUCUGUGAUCAUUAUCUGGAGUGGUUGAGCAGGUGUGGGCCAUGGGAGUGUAGGGGGGGGGGCACAGGUUCUCACACUCUGUUGACUUCAUGAAUAUUCAUCAAAGGCAUGCUAUAUAUCAAAAAUCAAAGGAUUUUCUGCUAAAUUUCAGAUACUCAUUCACAAUUUUACUUUUGCAAAAUGUUAUUUCAAUAAGUACAAAGCAUUUGCAUGGAUGAAAGCUAAGAUGAAGGCUGAAAAACUUCAAAGGCAUACAUUUGUUUUUCAAAACAAAUUCCUGCAGAAUCGAAUUUUGUUUACAUUCAGUAGGGGCAGCUUACACAGGUGCACCAAUUGACUAAAAGUACAUAUAUGAGACUCAGAUCAGGAUUCAUUUCUUUGAACCGCAACCAUGAGAAGAAGAUUCAAUGUGAAUGAAGCCCUGGAGGUGUUUCAGCAGCUUGAGGAAGAGGGAGAGUCAGCCUCAUCCUCAUCCACGGAUGACAGCUCUUGUUCGGAUGAAGAGGCUGAAGAUCAGGCCUUUACCCCAGGGCCUGAUUCAGGGGAAGAAAUGGAAGAAGGUUCAGAUGAGGAGGUGGUUGCUGCAGAGGAGAGAUGGGACCAUCCUUUGUGGCAAUCAAAGAGCGGGAUCGCCUGGUCCCCGACACCCGACACCAGGAUCCCCUUUCGGGCUCCAGACGUCCGCCAUUGUGGGAUCACCCGCCUCGCUGUCAGCUACAUCCAAACUAUUGAGGACAGCUUCGAUUUUUUUUUAACUACAACAAUCCUAGAUGUAAUAAUAAAAUACACCAAUAUAGAGGGAAGAAGAAAAUAUGACGAUUGGACAGACGUUGACCGCGUGGAACUCCGGGCAUUGUUUGGGUUGCUCAUCCUCGCUGGUGUGCACCGUUCCCGUGGGGAAUCAUCUGCCAGCCUCUGGGGGGAGGAAACGGGGAGGCCGAUAUUCAGAGCCACGAUGAGUUUGGGAAGGUUCCACAUGCUGACUGCAACAUUGCGCUUUGAUGACCGCUUGACCAGGGCAGCCCGCCGGUUGGUGCAGCAGGACAAGCUCGCUCCCCUGCGGGAAGUGUGGGACCUCUGGGCGGCCCGGCUCCCUCUCGCCUACAACCCCGGUGAAGAUGUCUGCGUUGAUGAACAGCUCGUCGGAUUCAGAGGUCGCUGCAACUUCAAGCAGUACAUGCCCUCAAAACCGGCAAAAUAUGGCAUCAAGCUGUGGGUGGUGUGCGAUGUGGCCACUUCUUAUGCCUGGGGGAUUAUUCCCUAUCUGGGCAAGACGACUCGAGACGCCCCGGCAGAAAGGGGGCAAGGGAAGCGGGUGGUGCUGGAACUCACGGAGGGUCUGAGCGGCCGCACUGUCACCACGGACAAUUUUUUCACCUCGCUGGUUCUUGGAGAGGAGCUGCUAAAAAAAAAAAUCUGUCUUGUGGGAACAGUUAGGCGCAACAAGCCAGAGUUGCCCCCACAGCUGCUCCAGAUGAAAAGCAGAGCGGUUCUGUCCUCCCUGUUCGGCUUCACCUCCACCGCCACCGCGGUGAGCUACAUUCCAAAGCGCCGGCGGAACGUUCUGCUCCUCAGCACCAAACACCAUCAGGUUCAGAUCCAGGAGGGACCGCAGCAGAAGCCGACCGUAAUCAUCGAUUACAACCGCUGCAAAGGGGCAGUUGACAACUUGGACAAGCUCGUUGCAACAUACAGCUGCCGCCGCAAGACCAGACGUUGGCCCAUGUCGCUCUUCUGCAACAUGUUAGAUGUGAGCGCCUACAAUGCCCUGGUCCUGUGGCUGUCUGUGGAACCGGCCUGGAACCAACAGAAGAGGAGCAUCCGUCGAAGGCUGUUCUUGCAGGAGCUUGGGACCUCCAUGGUGAGACCAGCCCAGGCGAGGCGCACUCGCUUGCCGCGGUCCAGCAGCGCUGCAGCUCUGUUGGAGGUGCAGCAGCAAGUGGAGCCAGGUCCAGCCCAGGAGCAGACAAAGAAAAGAUGCCACCUUUGCAGAGGGAAGAGGAGCGUGCAUGCACGCUUUUGCCAUGCAUGUGGACAGGCUGUGUGCAAGGAGCACUCAACAGUUGUGUGCUCAGCCUGCAGCUGUUAGCUCACUCCCCUCUGUGUUUCUCUCUCUUUCUCUCUCUCUCUCUCUCUCUCUCUCUCUCUCUCACACACACACACACACACACACACACACACACACACACA